AUGACUGUAGGCGCACACAUCGAGACUGAUGUUAUUGUCAUUGGAGGUGGCUUUGGAGGCUGCAACUCCCUCUACAAACUCCGUCAACUCGGCCUCUCUGUCAAACUGAUCGAGGCAGGUGGUGCCUUCGGUGGGGUAUGGUAUUGGAAUCGGUACCCCGGAGCCCGUGUUGACUCUGAGAUGAUCUCGUAUCAAUUCAACAUCCCUGCUAUCUACGAAAGCUGGGCCUGGUCAGAACGAUUCCCAGGUGAUGAUGAGCUGCGCCGCUACUUUCAACACGUUAGUUCAGUACUAGAACUAAACAAGGAUACCUUUUUCAAUACAAUUGUCACUGGAGUUACGUAUGACCCCAUUACUCAACGUUGGGCAAUCAGAACCAACACCGGACUGUCUGCAACCUGCCAAUACGUUAUUGCUGCCACAGGGUCUUCCUACAAGAAAUACUACCCAGAGUUCAAGGGGCUGCAGCAAUUCACGGGAAAGAUGGUCCAUGCAGCCGACUAUCCCAAGUCUCUAAAUGUGAAAGGCAAGCGUGUGGGUGUUAUCGGUAAUGGUAACUCGGGCGUUCAAAUCGUCCAGACUUUGGCACAAGAGGAUUGCCAAUUGAAGGUUUUCAUUCGCACUCCUACCUUCGCACUUCCCAUGAGGCAACGCGAUAUUCAGCCAGACGAAGUAAACAUGCUCAGAGGUUACUAUGAGGCGAUUUUUAAUCAGUGCUACCAAUCCAAUAUUGGCCUUCCGUGCAAGAAAAACCUCCAAUCAGCUCACCAGGCCACACCAGAAGAAAGGAAGGCACUUUUUGACGAAUUGUGGGAGAAAGGAGGAUUCGGCUUCAUGAUCUCCAACUACGUAGACACUUUAGUUGAUGAAAAGGCGAACGGCUUCAUCUACGACUACUGGGUGCAACGAGUGCGGGCCCGUAUGACUGAUCCUGAGAAGAUGGAUUUAGUUGCUCCUUUGAAACAAAAAAUGCCUGUUGCAACUAAGCGGCCCAGCCUAGAGCAGAACUAUUACGAGAUGAUCGACCGGGACAAUGUAACCCUCCACGAUGUAAAUCGGGCGCCUAUCUUGGAGUUCAAUGAAACCGGGCUGAUGACCGGAGACGAUGCCGAAAAGCAACAUCACGAGCUAGAUAUCAUUAUCUUGGCUACAGGCUAUGAUGCAGUUACUGGAAGUCUGCUCGACCUCUCUAUCCGGGACAUGAACCAAGUCUCACUAUCAGAGAAAUGGAAGCAUGGCAUCAUUACUCAUUUGGGAAUGAUGGUUCCCGAUAUGCCCAAUCUGUUUAUGGUCUACGGGCCACAAGCUCCGACAUCUCUCACAAACGGUCCAGUAUUCAUCGAUAUGCAAGUCGAUUGGAUUUGUAAAGUGAUUACAAAAAUGCAACGGGAUAAUCUAGUGUUUAUAGUACCUACGCAAAAGGCUGCCGAGGAAUGGCGAGAUCACGUUCAUCUGGUGAGCCGGUUUACUUUGCAUCACAAAACCCCGGGCUGGUAUUUCGGAGUCAAUAUUCCUGGCAAGAUUCAGGAGCCUCUGAUUUACUUUGGCGGAAUCCAGCUGUGGUGGAAGAGCUGUACAGAGGCACUGGAACAUUUCAAGGGUUUCUCUACUCUAAGCAGGGAUGUUAAACCUUUCUGUCCAAUUUCUGCAAGUACUUAA